UGUUUCUAACUUCUAACAUAUUAUGUCUUCCUCUAUUUCCAGAUGCUUGGUCCUCUCACGACGGUAUUCAGUAAUGAACAAGAAGAAGAGUUGGUUGCUCACAUUUUAUCGAUGGAAGAUCGAUUUUUUGGACUUACUACAAGGGAUGUUCGCUACAUUGCAUUCCAAGCAGCGGAGAGGAAUAACUUGGACCACAAAUUUAACAAAACGGUUGGACUUGCAGGUAAAGACUGGUUAUUGGGCUUCCUACGGCGCCACCCACAACUUUCAAUUCGGACCCCAGAACCAACUUCUGCUGCUCGAGCAAGAUGCUUCAACCAGACAAAUGUGGACAAGUUCUUCGACAUCUUAUCCUUAGUUCAGGAAGGCCACUUCUUUCCUCCACACAGGAUUUUCAAUGUGGAUGAGACAGGUAUUACAACGGUGCAGACAAAACCUACAAAAAUCCUUGGUCAGCGUGGGAAAAAACAGAUUGGCAGUCUGACUUCUGCUGAAAGAGGAGUUCUAGCUACAGCAGUUUGCUGCAUGUCAGCUGGAGGGCAGUUUGUUCCACCUUUCCUCAUCUUUCCACGGGUUCGUAUGAAGCAAGAACUAAAGGAUGGUGCUCCACCAGGAACCGGAUUUGCCUGUCAUCCAUCUGGGUGGAUGCAGCUCCCCAUUUUUACAGAAUGGUUUCAGCACUUUAUUGCCCACACCAAACCAUCAGUGAAUGAUCCAGUAUUGUUGAUUAUGGAUGGACAUAUGACCCAUAUUAAGAAUCUUGAUGUUAUCAAUCUUGCCAGGGAUAAUUAUGUCACGAUUGUUGUUUUACCACCACAUUGCAGUCACCGAAUGCAGCCACUGGAUGUUUCAUUUAUGAAACCACUGAAUGCCUACUAUGUGAGGGCUAUUGAAACAUUCCUCAGAAACAAUCCUGGCAGGCUUGUGACAAUCUACAAGUGCUUUGUUUG